AUGGCCUACAGCGACAGCGUCGGCGAGCUAUUCGAAGACGCCUUUGCGAAAUGCCAAGGCGAGCUUGACCUGUCACUCUUUGCAACAUGGCUCAGCAUUGGUGUCGCCGGUGUAUUCGGCGUGUUGUCGUUGAUAGAACUGGGUUAUCUGCUGCGCAGACCAACAAUCGUGCGCGCUCCAGCCUUGCUCUUGGUAUCUAAACUGAUAUUUGGUAUUGCCUGGGUAGCGUUCACUAUUUCCUCCCUGGUGCUAACUGUCACGGAUCCGUCAAAAUGCUCAUCAGCACAAAGUAUACUAAACGUCAUCUCUGCAUGCUUAGCAGUGGUCCUGUCGCUGUGUGCCCAUUUCAAGUCGCGUCGCCCAUCUACUCUGCUCUGUUCGUUUCUGUUCGUUUCUCUCCUGACAAACGUUGCUAAAUGCCAACUUCUCUGGACGGUUGCUACCGAAACCCAGGCAAAGAAAAUAUCUGCCCUAUUCACGGCAUCAGUUGUCAUGCAGAUGUGCUUUUUGGGCACCAACUCCAAGUGGCAGCCAGAUUGGCUCUCUUGGGAUAUUGAUGCUCAUAGCCCAGAGGAGACGAGCAGUAUCUUCAGCCUUGGAUUAUACUCUUGGCUCAACUCGCUUCUAUGGAAGGGAUAUCGCAAUGUUUUGUCCUUGGAUGAUUUAUAUCCCCUCGAUCAAGCCAUCGCGGCCGGGCUCCCCGAAAAGGCUUUGGACCAGAUCCCGCAAUCAACCAAGCAACCGAGCAAUUGGACAGUGAUCAUGUGGGCUGCCAAACCUCUUGCGAGGCCGCUUCUACUACCUGUCUUUCCGCGGAUUUGUUUAAUUGGCUUUACAUUCUGCCAGCCUUUUUUGAUUAACCGUCUCCUAGAGUAUCUUGCCCAUGACGGCGAGAAGGGCUCAGAGCACGAUGCGGCUGGCCUAGUGGGGGCAACAAUCUUGGUCUAUCUCGGCAUUGCCAUCUCAACCUCGCUGUAUUGGUAUUACCAGGAACGCUCCCAGUCACUCUUGAGAGCCUUUCUUGUUACGUCAAUCUACCAAAAGGCCACGCAGGCACCUUCGUCUGAAAACAAGGCGGCAAUCACUCUGAUGAGCACUGAUGUAGAUCGAAUAUACACCGGAGUACGCUUUGUUCACGAAAUCUGGGCAAACGUCAUUCAGAUUGCACUUUCAACCUGGCACUUGUAUCGCGUUAUCGGGUUGUCUUUCCUUGCACCGUUGAUACUGGUUGCCUUUGCCUUUGCGACCUCCAUCGUCCUGUCAAAGUACGCUACUAAAUAUCAACGAAAUUGGAUGAAAUUCGUCGAGAAACGUAUCGGGGUAACCAGCUACGCGCUCUCUCAUAUCAAAGAAUACAGAAUUUCAGGGAUGACUUCUCCAGUCCAAAACUUGGUUCAAGAGGAGCGUGUGGAAGAAAUACGCCAAGGUGGCAAGUCUCGAGGAAUCGUCGGAAUCUCUGCCACGACCUCCUACAUUCCUCAGGCACUGGCGCCGGUGUUAACUUUUGCAUUUGGGUCGAAAGUUAUCGACAGCACCAAGGCCUUUACGACUUUGUCAUUCCUCUCGCUUCUUGCUUCGCCGCUAAUGCUUGUCCUCCAAGUGAUUCCAAUUCUCUCGGCUUGUUUUGCUUGUCUGAGGCGGAUUUAUGAAUUCACUUUGACUCCAAACAGACAAGACCCCCGACUAGCAAAAGGGCAAUUAAUUACAUCUCUCGACGAAAAGUCAUUAAGAAAACAGACAAGUUCAGACGCAGCGGUGAUUCUUUCGGGCGCUAGUUUCGGCUGGGUUGUUGAGACAUCUGUUUUGAAAGAUAUCCACGUCUCCAUUGAGAGGUCGUCCUUCACGUUUGUGAUUGGCACGGUUGCUUCCGGGAAAUCUACUCUCUGCAAAGGCAUACUAGGCGAAGUGCCUUUUUGCACUGGCCAGAUCAUGGUUGAUGCCGCCGCCGACAAGAUUGGGUACUGUGACCAAAGCCCUUUCCUCAUGAAUGCUACUGUCAUGGAGAACAUUGUCGGAAACUCGUCCUUUGACUCACAAAGAUAUAAUGAGGUGAUAUCAGCAACAAUGCUGGAGGAGGACAUGAUGACGUUUUCCCAAAAAGACCAGACCAAAAUUGGCAGUAAGGGUGUCUCACUGAGCGGCGGUCAACGGCAACGUAUCUCACUGGCCCGUGCUCUUUACCACGACGCAGAGCUUUUGAUUCUUGAUGAUGUUUUUACGGGACUAGAUGAGAAAACAAGCCAGCAACUCUGCUGGAGAGUGUUCGGCCCUGAAGGCUUGCUACGCUCUUGGCGAACAACUGUCGUGCUCUGCACCCAAGCCACACAAUUCAUGUUCCUUGCUGACCAGAUUAUCGAGCUUUCGUCUGAUGGCACUGUGACGAAACAAGGCGUUGCGGAGAAUUUCAUCACAGAAGCUGCCUAUCCGCAAAACUAUGAAGUGCUGAGUCUAGGACAGAAGAAAGAAGAUACAGGUGACCUUCUACAAGGAUCUCCUUUGGAAGAGGAUCCCACGAAGACAACAAAGAAUACACCUACGGUGAACGUGACGGCAAAUCCGGCAUCCAAAACAGACACUUCGUUAUAUCUCCACUACAUGUCAUCGAUAGGCCUACCUCUUGUGAUAGUUUUCUUGAUCGUCACUGCCAGUACAGGACUCUUUUUCAACUUCCCGGCAAUUUGGCUCAAAAUCUGGUCUGCAGACAGCGUCAAGGACAUUCCAAAUCAUUCCUUUGCAUUCUACAUUGGCAUUUUUGUCCUAGUCGCGGUUCUGGGCGUGUUCGUCGUCUUCGCAAUGGGAUUGAUUAACCUGCAAACAUUUGUCCGUCUGUCUGGAACCCAUCUUCAUGAGCAGGUCCUUCAGACGGCAAUGCACUCCAGUCUUCGCUUCCUGACCACUACAGAUACAGGGAAAAUCCUGAACUUGUUCUCUCAGGACAUGACUAUCAUUGAUUCUCAGCUGCCACGUAUGGUCAACAACUUUUUGAAUACUUUGGCUUCCUCCCUUGGUCAAGCAAUUAUUGUGGCGCUUUCCUCCGGAUACCUGGCUAUCAGCUAUCCCUUUUUCAUUGCGAUUUUAUUUGGUUUACAGAAGGUGUAUUUGCCCACUUCUAAGCAGCUUCGUAUCCUGGACUUAGAGGCCAAGUCUCCAUUGUUUACACAUUUCCUUGAUACUCAAGAUGGAAUCACCACCCUCCGUGCUUUUGGGUGGAUACCUGACCAGAUAUCCCGAAAUAAAGAUCUUCUGAAUUCCUCACAGCGCCCAAGCUAUCUGCUUGCUAUGGCACAGCAGUGGUUACUUCUGGUCAUGAACAUAAUUGUCGCCAUACUCGCCAUCAUCUUAGUAUCGCUCGCUACCAACUUACAAGAUAUCAACGGCGGUUCGGUUGGUGCUGGAUUGGUCAUGCUCAUGAGUCUGGGGGCUUCGAUGACGGCUGUGAUUAACUCUUACACUGGCUUGGAAAUAGCACUUGGUGGAAUUAAUAGGUUGAAGACGUUUGGCGAGACGACGGAGGGAGAAGACAAGCCUGGUGAAGAUGCUGUACCUGCUGUUGAGUGGCCGGCGGCUGGAAACAUCGCCAUCUCCGACGUAGCGGCGAGCUACACGAAUGAUCUUAAUGCCCUGGUUCUAUCAGAGGUCGCGCUCGAGAUUAAGUCAGGCGAGAAGGUCGCUGUGUGCGGGAGGACUGGGAGCGGCAAGUCUUCGCUGAUCAACCUGAUUCUUCGUAUGAUUGAUCCCCUUACCCCUCUGGGCUCACAGUGUCCCUCGAUGUCUAUUGAUGGAACACAUCUCGAGAACAUUAAUCGCACUGUCUUACGUGAGAGGAUCAUCGCGCUAUCGCAAGACGCCGUGUUCCUGCCCGAAGGUAGCUCCUUCAGGGCGAACCUGGACCCUUGGAAUGAUGCUUCACGCGAAGAGGCCAUGGAAGCUCUCGCUGUCAUUGGGUUGCUUGAAGUGUUGCAAGACAGGGGCGGUCUGGAUGCCUUGGUCAAGAACGCAGAGUUGAGUGCUGGCCAGAAACAAAUGUUCGCCCUGGGCCGUGCUAUCCUCCGUCGUCGCGUUCGAGCCAGGAAGAUGUCUGAGAAGGGACUGCCGGAGGGAGGAGUUUUGUUGCUGGAUGAGAUGACUGCUAGUGUUGACAAGGAGACGGAGAGGCAAAUGCUUGAACUCGUGUGGAAGGAAUUUGAGGCUUAUACUAUCCUAAUGGUCACACACAGCAUCCAGGCCGCCGUUCGUUGCGACCGGGUCGUCAUUAUGGAAAAGGGGAAGAUUGUGGAGGACGGUGAGAGUGGAGCUUUGAUGGAGGACGAAGGAAGUAAAUUCCGAGCGCUGGCUGGAUCGUUGGCUGACAGCUAA